AUGCUGAAGUGUUUUAGUGAAAUACUGGAGACGGGCGUCAACACACUCCAGACAACACUUGUACUGAAGAAACAGGUGGAGGUGGAUGAAGUUCACAGGAAACUUCUUAACAAACGCCAUGAGUUUAAAGGAUGCAUGCAGAUCCUCCAGCAGAGAAAAGAAGAUUUACAACAGAAACAGCUGGAGGCAAAACAAAGAGCAGCAAAAUUUGAGAAAUUUGUUGAAGAAAAUGAGGUGAAACGUCGUCGUGCCUUGAAAAGAUUUAUUUUGGAGAAACGACAGAAUGAAUCUAAAGAAAAGGAGAAAGCUGAGCUUUCAAAACAGCUUGAAGAAUUACAAGCAAGGCGACUUUAUUUAAAAGAGCGAGUGAAAAAAUAUAAGAUUUUUGAAGAGUUUCUAUUGAAGGUUCUUCAGUUACUUCCAGACAAUUAUCUCGGCUAUGGUGCUGACUUAAUGACGCCAAUAAUCAGGCGCUACGAGACGUUGUCCACCUCACGCCAGGAUCUUCUGCAGCAGUUAAACAGUCUGACAGAUGAGCUAAAAACAAGCCAGCACAAACUGGACACGCUCAAACAGGAUCACGGCACAUACAAACUAAUGACUAACCAGAAAUUAACAGAACUGCAGACACAGUUGGAUCAAAUAAAAGAGAAGAAGAAACAGCAACAGUUGAGGCUUCAGAUGAGUUUGGGUGAAUCCAGAGAUCAGGUGGAGGAGGUGGGGAAUAUUCUGAUGGCAGUGAGGAACCUUGGAGAGCAGUGUUAUCUAAAUCACUAUGGACCUCUAGAAGGCAUGGACAUCUUCACCAUGAUGGAUAUUGUUGUAUUUGAUAUACCGCCUGUAUUCCCUGAAUACCUUGCAUUUACCUCAUUCAACAAUAAAUUAUCCCCCAAACACAUGAAUGAAUGUACCCUUUAUUACAUCAACAUCACAGUGUCAGAUAAUAGGUCUUUCUUACCGUUGGGUUGA